GCGAAAACAAUAAAGAUUCCCAAAUCAAAUACCCAUCUCUGCGGGGCGAUGAAGGAUCGUCUCAGUCGGCGGAGAUGAAGGCCGUCGGCCCGCCGUGAAGUAGGGAAAAGAUAGGUCUUCUGUUUUCCUUUGAUCAUUCCGCCGAUCACCUUGAUCAUGAGCCUGGACGAUCUAAACAAGGUAUGGGAGAUCAAAACUCUCAAGAAGCCCGGCGAGGAUGAGGCCCGCCGUCUCCUUGACCGCAUCGCCAAGCAGGUCCAGCCCAUUAUGCGUCGCCGCAAGUGGAAGGUUAAACUCCUCUCCGAGUUCUACCCGACCAAUCCGGCUCUUUUAGGGCUAAAUGUUGGUGGUGGCGUCGAGGUGAAGCUUCGGCUGAGGCGGCCUGGCAGGGAAUGGGAUUUCUUCCCGUUCGAGCAGGUUCUUGAUACAAUGCUCCAUGAGCUGUGCCACAUCGUGCAUGGGCCGCACAAUGCCUCGUUCUAUAAGCUCUGGGAUGAGUUGCGCAAGGAAUGUGAUGAACUGGUUGCAAAGGGGAUAACUGGUACUGGACAAGGAUUUGACACCCUUGGAAGACGCUUAGGUGGCUUCUCUGUCCAGCCUUCAGUAUCAUCGCUCCGGCAGGCUGCAGUUGAUGCUGCAGCCAAACGAGCUCGCACUGGGGCUUUGCUACCAUCUGGACCAAACAGAUUAGGUGGAAACAGUGAAAUCAUGGGUGCGCUUAGUCCAAUACAAGCUGCUGCCAUGGCUGCAGAGAGAAGAUUGUAUGAUGAUAUAUGGUGUGGAUCUGUGUCAGAAGAAAUUAAUCUAAUAGAAAGUAUCACCGAAAUUUCAAAGCAUCCUGCUCCUGAAAUAGGUGAGUCAUCAAAUUCUAAUGGGGAAAAGAAAGGGGAUUUAGGUGGUACUGGUAAAAUUGAGAAAGGAUGGACCAAUUUGCACAGUAAAGGCAAGGGUGAAGAGUCUACAUCUAGUAUCACCUUUGAUAGGGCAACAAUGCCAGGUGGGUCAAUGUCACCUUACCCCAAACACGAUACAGACGAUAAGGUUAUUUGGGAGUGCAGCAAAUGCACUCUAUUCAAUCAAGGUUACUUUUUGCUCAAAUUGAUUCACCAAAAUUUGCUAAUUUUUCCACUUGUAUUGUUAUGUGCACACGAGUUACUUUCCCAUUUCCAUCAAUGUGACACCUUUUAGCUUAUAACAAGGUACACUUUCAAGUAUAUGCCCCUCAAAUAUUUAAGUGGGCUGUAUAGAAUUUAUCCAUCCAUUGAACCUAUGCAACUUUAGUCAUAGUAAUAUUCAAUUCUCUUAAUUCAUUUUAAUUACAUCAUUCAGAGUUAUGUCUCCUCUCACUAUCCUUCACACUUUCAUCUCUAUUAACUUGUCUAGCUAUACAAUAUAUAGCUUUGCGUAGAGCUAAUGAAGGGACAAGAUAUGACCCUCAAUAGUUGGGAAAAAAAUAUGACUUUUAUAUAUGGCUUAAAAAAGUUUGGUUUGCAUGAGAAACUACAUACUACUGCAUUAACUUAAGCUAAAAAGUAGUUGUUUUAAAGGUAUAUAUUGUAGGCUCAUUUUUUUUUUGUUAGUAAGCAAAAAGUUUAAUAAUCAAUGCUCUUUUUUUUUUUACAAAUUUUAAUACUAUAUGAGAGGUUUCUCACCAAAUAGAUACACCUUAUGCCCAUACUAUUUGUUUUGUUUUGUCAUCUUAUUUUGUUUUCUUCUUGAAAACAUUUCAGCUUUAAUGAUCAUAUUUUUUGUUGUUUUAGUUGAACAUGAAUAUUUAUUCUUUAAAAAUUUAUUGUGUAGUAGUAGAUGCUUCUGAAGAACUAACUUUUGUUGUUUACUUCCUCUUUCUGGUGGAUUUG